GCCCCGCCCCUCCCCGUCGAGGGCGGGGGCGCAUCCCUGGGCGGGAGGGAGUUAAGCCCGGUGGCCUGGAUGCUCCACGUAGAAGCUGGCUCCGGCUGCAGGCUGCGGUCAGGGCCACCGUAUAAAUAGGGCGGGAGACCGGAGUGCCCAGGACUUGCCGCUGCCCGCGCCCCGCCGCCGCCGCUGCCCCCCGGCCCCCCGGCCCCCCGGCGUCCGGCCAUGGCCCGUCCGUUGCUCUUGCUCAGCCUCGGCCUCCUGGCCGGCCUGCUGCCGGCGCUGGCCGCCUGCCCCCAGAACUGCCAUUGCCACGGAGACCUGCAGCACGUCAUCUGUGACAAGGUGGGGCUGCAGAAGAUCCCCAAGGUGUCAGAGAAGACCAAGCUGCUCAACCUACAACGCAACAACUUCCCGGUGCUGGCCGCCAACUCGUUCCGGGCCAUGCCCAACCUCGUGUCGCUGCACCUGCAGCACUGCCAGAUCCGCGAGGUGGCCGCCGGCGCCUUCCGAGGCCUCAAGCAGCUCAUCUACCUGUACCUGUCCCACAACGACAUCCGUGUGCUGCGCGCCGGCGCCUUCGACGACCUGACGGAGCUCACCUACCUCUACCUGGACCACAACAAGGUGACCGAGCUGCCCCGGGGGCUGCUCUCCCCGCUGGUCAACCUCUUCAUCCUGCAGCUCAACAACAACAAGAUCCGCGAGCUGCGCGCUGGCGCCUUCCAGGGCGCCAAGGACCUGCGCUGGCUCUACCUGUCGGAAAAUGCGCUCACUUCGCUGCAGCCCGGCGCUCUGGACGACGUGGAGAACCUCGCCAAGUUCUACCUGGACAGGAACCAGCUGUCCGGCUACCCCUCAGCUGCCCUCAGCAAGCUGCGGGUGGUGGAGGAGCUGAAGCUGUCCCACAACCCCCUGAAAAGCAUUCCCGACAAUGCCUUCCAGUCUUUCGGCAGAUACCUGGAGACCCUCUGGCUGGACAACACCAACCUGGAGAAGUUCUCGGACGGUGCUUUCCUGGGUGUGACCACGCUGAAACACAUCCACCUGGAGAACAACCGCCUGAACCAGCUGCCCUCCAACUUCCCCUUUGACAGCCUAGAGACCCUCACCCUCACCAACAACCCCUGGAAGUGCACCUGCCAGCUCCGGGGUCUUCGGAGGUGGCUGGAAGCCAAGGCUUCCCGCCCUGAUGCCACUUGCGCCUCACCCGCCAAGUUCAAAGGCCAGCAUAUCCGUGACACCGAUGCCUUCCGCGGCUGCAAGUUCCCCACUAAGAGGUCCAAGAAAGCCGGCCGCCAUUGAACAGCCUCUGCUGAUGCACAGAGCUGUUCACACCUAGACACGUCCUGGCAGGGGGACUCGGGCACUCCAGCACGAACCCAGCUCCCCCUGACGGUGAGAGCUCCAUCACGCCUGGCCCCACCGCCACGGCUCCUCUCAGAGAAGCUAUUGCCAAGACCCCAAGUCCUUCAGAACCAGAACCCGAAUCCUCCUUCCCUUUGCUCCCCUGGCCUUGCCCUUUGGAAACGAAUACCAGAUCUUUGCCCUACUCCUUUCUUCCAGAAAGGGUCUUGAGCCCAUACCCCAACUCCGCCAGCCCCCUGCCUGCCAGGACACUCUAGCGGGAUACUGGUGCUUUGCCGCAUACCCUCCCAUGCUGCCCUUCUCUUCCAGAUUUCCAUAAAUAUAAAUUUAUGUAUGUGUAAUAUUUA